ACACUGGCUCUCCAGUUACAAAUUGCACAAAAUAAAAUCUAUAGCUGUGAAUGUGAAAAUGGAGUUUGGUGGGGAAACUACAAGUUACUUCACCAAAUCACUGUGCAACAGAGAGCUUAUAUAACCUCGACUGGGUAUUUCAUACCAACCUGUGAUCCCAGAGUAUGCCGUACAGGAUCAAAAACAUAGGCAGAUCUUGCUAGAUAGGACCAAAUGUCCAUCUAGUUGAGCCAUUCUGUCGCCCUCUGUGAUCAGCCAGGUUCUGAAGAUAAUUGUCAUUUGAGACAGCAGGUGUUUCUCUGUAUUUCAGUUUGGUUUGUUUAAAAGUGCCAAGUUUUAAAAGUUGAAUCACAGUGUGGUUAGAAUGUUGAACUGGAAGAUGACAUAUCUGGGUUCUUGUCCCUACUCAGUUGAGUAGCAUGUUGGGUGAUUUUGGGCCAGGCUCUGCCUUUUAGCUUACCCUACCUCAUGAUGGUGGUGGUGUGAGAAUAAAAUGGAGAGGAGGAGAAGCUAAUAAACUGCCUUAGUUGGUUUUUGUUUGCUCAUUUGUUUUUGCAAGAGGAAGAAAAGUGGAGUAAAAAUGUAAUGCAAUACAGUAUAUUGAGAAGGUUUGGCAUAAAGAAAAAUUUGCCACAUUUUUCUUCAGACCACUCUCUUGAAAUGUUAGGUGACUGUCUCACUGUGUGUUUGCUUCUAGUGUUUUUGUUUGUUUUUGAUUUUGGACAUUUCUGAGUUUUAUACUGAGUUCUUGAAGAAACCACAGGCUUAGAAAGAUGAACCAGUCGUUUGAACUAGACCUAGAUUUGUUACUUGGCAGUUCUUUUAAUACUAGAUCUAUUUAAGGGGGAACUUGUGUUGGGUGAGAGCAGUAACAUGCUGCCAGUAUCUGUAAAAUGAAUACUGCAACAAUAUCUUGUUUGAAUACUUUCUACAGUUACUCUUUUCUUGCAUUCUCUACUGUACUCUACACAGCAGGCAGGAUCUGAAGAACAGCUUAGGCCCAAGGAAUAUGCUAGGCCAGAGGACUCCCUGCCACUGCCCUUUUUGCAAUCUGACAUCUGUACCACAGCAAAAAGUGCUUUAGAAACUACCCACAAUUCAAAAGUAGUUUUCACUGCAACAUGUGGGACUCCUGUUUGAGAAAAACAAGUCUAAAACAAUAUUGAGCUUAUGGAUGCUGGCCACAUUGUAGUAUUGGACUGCUCUGCUCUCUUUAAACCCAAGAAUGAAGAUAUCUGGUAUUCUUGAUGAGGUAUUCAUAGUAAUGAUUUCUACAUGUAUACUCAAACCGGGAAGUUCCCACAGCUGCUAUAAUAGGGCCCCACUUGUAUUUCUGAAUGUUAUGUUAGCUGUAAUGCCUCCAUGACACAUGCAUUAUUCGAAAAUAUAAUUAAGCAGGUUGACUGAACUAUUGCUAUGGGAAGUGCAACUUUCGAGUUCCAGGCAUGUGUGAAAAAUCUCUAACAUAAACAUUACUAUUAUAAUUACUUGCAUUUAGAUUAACAACUUUGUAAAGAUGGCUUAUGGGUUUCAGUAGUCCUGCAUAUUUUUCCUGGACUUGCAUGUUAACAAUGUAGAACUUAAAAUCUAGCAGACUUGACUUGUAUAGCACUGUAAAAUUAUUAAUUGAAUGACUGCAUGUAGAUAAUUUUUGUGAAAACAUUUCAGUAAGAGAAACUCCAUGUAUUUCAGGAAAUGCUCUCUCUUAGUUCAUUCACUAUAUUUUAUAGUUGUUUAUUAUAUUGUUACAAUAAUCUGGUUCUGCAGGUAACAUGGAAAUAACUAACCUUGUUUACCUGUAGAAAAUGGUAUCCAAAAAAGCAAGCAUGCCUGUCUGGAUUCCCCCCCCCCCCUUUAUGCUGAAGAAUUACAAUGUACCUCUACGAUUUAUUGAUUUAAAAGAUUUCUACACUGACUUUCAGGGUGCACCACCAGUGUGAGAUAGCUAACAAGACCGCAAAACACGGGAAAGUAGAAUUACAUGGGCACAUGGUGGCAUGUAUAAUUGCUUCAAAUACCAAAUGCAGAUGAUUGUGAUAUUUAUAUCCUGCCGAUCCUCAGAGAUUAUUCCCAGAUCAGAAUAAAAGUGUCUUCAUUCAGAGCAUGAGUCCUCGCACUAUGGCCUGCGGGCCAGAUACGGCCUGCCACGCCCAUUUACCCAGCCCGCCUUUUAGUUAUCUGAGCCUGGGGCAGCUGGUCCCGCGCCUGCCACCACCACCUCACCCACACCCGCUGCCUCGCCGUGCCUGUCACAAGUUUCUGUUGUGUUCCCCAAAGCUUAUACCCACAAAUUGUCUUCCACGGGAGGUGGUUGAGGCGCCAUCAGAUAGAGCGUUCAAGGAAAGAUUGGACAACCACAUGUUGGGGAUUACACCAGUGGAACUGGUUGGAGCCAGGGGUCAGACUAGAUGGCUCAGGACCCCCCUCUGACUCGCUUUGUUUCUAUGUUCCUAAAUCUUUGUAUGACUUAUCUAUAUCCGACAGAGAGCACUUUUCAGCUGGUAAUUCCCACCUGCAUUUAAAUAACUGUUCAUUUGUUGUAAGGAAGAGCAGAUUAGUUUUACUGUCACAUGAGGGGAAGCUAGUUGUUUCUGCUUUUUUUUUUUUUCUUUCUUUCAGAGAACAAGUAAAUCUUGUAAAGCCUUUACUGCUGAGGUAUAUUGUUAAUGCCUGUCCGGUGGCUAUGAAAAUAAUUUUAAUACAUCUGUUUGGAAGCCAACAGUGGAUAUUAGGACAUCUGGAAAAAUGUGCUUGAUUUUUUGACUGCUUGGUUUUCUUGAUACAAAGGAGUUACGUGCCGUGAAAAUCUGGCCUUCUGGAAAUACAGUUAUCUAUUUUUAGAUAGGUGACUGGCAUACUUUUAUUAUAUUGCCUGGUUAUCUUACUCUCUCAAUAUUCCUUCCUCCACUAAUAAAAUAUCAGUGCAUGUGCAGAUAUCUAGCAGUACCCAAGGAGAAGAUAGAGUGAAUUCUUGUAUACUAGGAUGGUCCCUGAGGUAUACAGGAAAAUUUGUCUUCAGGUUUUUUUAAUGUGUGUUUUUAAUAUUCACCUUGGAAGUGAAUUUGAAGGGAAACAAAUAGCCUAAAGAGUUGGAGGGAGACUGUGAUUUAUUUAUUUGAUUGACAAAAGACCAUACUAGCAUACAGCCAUACAUGGGUCAGAAUAAGCCCUCCUUUGAAACAGCAAAACCUUCAAGCAAAUUAUGCAGUGUCAGAACUGCUCAUAUGUAUUAUCCCUGGCCUGUUUGAGUGAAGCCAUUCCUGCUUCCAUCCCUAAGCAUGGUCAACCAUGAUGUACCCCAAUAGCACUUUAGAACUGCAGCCAUUCCCAUUUGUGUGAGUGGAGGAAUGGGGAAUUUCAAGUGGGCAUUGUGCAGGGAUGUGCCUGAGGGCAUUGUUCAGCAGGUACCCAUGCUGGUGAUUGCUUUACAGAUUUAGCAGUCGUGACAUGGAGAAUAAAGAAACCCCCAGGGGUUUCCAGAAAAUGGAUGAUCGCCCAGAAGAACGCAUGAUCAGGGAGAAACUCAAGGCAACGUGUAUGCCCGCCUGGAAGCAUGAAUGGCUUGAAAGAAGAAGUAGACGAGGCCCUGUGGUGGUAAAGCCAAUACCGAUAAAAGGAGAUGGUUGUGAAGCAAACAAACCUACAGUAGAACCUCCUCCAGAAGGACAAACAUGUGCUACUUCACCUACUCAGAAGGGGAGACGGAGCCCUUCUCCUAGUAGUUCCUCCUCAUUCUCUUCUAGAACUGUUAAAUCUGAAUCUCCUGGUGUAAGAAGGAAAAGGGUAUCGCCUGUGCCUUUUCAGAGUGGACGAAUAACACCUCCACGAAGAGCUCCAUCUCCAGAUGGCUUCUCACCAUAUAGUCCUGAAGAAACAAAUCGGCGAGUCAACAAAGUAAUGAGAGCCAGAUUGUACCUCUUACAGCAAAUAGGACCUAAUUCUUUCUUGAUAGGAGGAGACAGCCCAGAUAAUAAAUACAGAGUAUUUAUUGGUCCUCAGACCUGCAGCUGUGGACGUGGCACAUUUUGCAUUCAUCUGCUGUUUGUUAUGCUUCGAGUUUUCCAGCUUGAAUCUUCAGAUCCAAUGCUUUGGCGAAAGACCUUGAAGAACUUUGAGGUUGAGAGUUUGUUCCAGAAAUAUCACAGUAGGCGUAGCUCAAGGAUCAAAGCCCCAUCUCGUAACACCAUCCAGAAGUUUGUCUCACGCAUGUCAAAUUCUCAUACAUUGUCAUCAUCUAGUACGUCUACAUCUAGUUCAGAAAACAGUAUCAAGGAUGAAGAAGAACAGAUGUGCCCCAUUUGUUUGCUAGGCAUGUUGGAUGAAGAGAGCUUGACUGUCUGUGAAGAUGGUUGCAGAAAUAAACUUCACCACCACUGCAUGUCAAUAUGGGCAGAGGAAUGCAGGAGAAACCGAGAACCUCUUAUAUGUCCUCUUUGUAGAUCUAAGUGGAGAUCUAAUGAUUUCUAUGGUCAUGAAUUGCCAAGCCCUGUUGAUUCCCCUUCUGUUCUCUGUGUGGUGCAGCAGCAAACUCAGCAGCCUAUAGCUGCCUCACCACGAAGGAGUCAAGAUAGUAAUUUUAACCUUACUCAUUAUGGGGUUCAGCAAAUCCCUUCUGCCUACAAAGACUUAGCUGAGCCAUGGAUUCAGGUAUUUGGAAUGGAAUUAGUUGGCUGCUUGUUUUCUCGAAACUGGAAUAUACGUGAGAUGGCCCUUAGACGUCUCUCCCAUGAUGUUAGUGGUGCUCUUUUAUUGGCUAAUGGUGAAAGCACUGGAAACUCUGGAAGCAACAGUGGAAACACCACAAAUGCUGGAAAUCUGGGAGCAGCUAGUGGAUCAUCACAGACCAGUAUCUCAGGAGAUGUUGUUGUGGAGUCCUGCUGCAGUGUACUUUCCAUGGUUUGUGCUGACCCUGUCUACAAAGUGUAUAUUGCUGCUUUAAAAACAUUAAGAGCCAUGCUGGUAUAUACCCCCUGUCAUAGCUUGGCAGAGAGAGCAAAAUUGCAACAACUUCUAAAACCAGUUGUGGAAACUAUAUUGGUGAAAUGUGCAGAUGCCAACAGUCGCACAAGCCAGCUUUCAGUUUCAACGCUUUUGGAAAUGUGCAAAGGCCAGGCAGGAGAGCUGGCAGUUGGUAGAGAAAUACUUAAAUCUGGGUCCAUUGGCAUUGGUGGUAUUGAUUUCGUCUUAAAUUGCAUCCUUGGAACACAGCCUGAAUCCAACAACUGGCAAGCACUGCUUGGACGUCUUUGUCUUAUAGACAGACUGCUAUUGGAGUUUCCUGCUGAAUUUUACCCCCACAUUAUCAGUGGAGAUGUUUUGCAGGCAGACACUGUAGUAGACAGGUACAAAAAGCUACUGUCAUUGUUGAGCUUUGCUCUACAAUCAAUCGACAACUCCCACUCAAUGGUUGGCAAACUGUCUCGGAGGGUAUUUUUAAGUGCUGCCAGAAUGGUUGCAAGAGUACCCUAUGUGUUUGUAAAACUGUUAGAAAUGUUGAGUAUGACAAGCUCUACACAUCAUACAAGAAUGCGUCGGCGGUUGAUGGCUAUAGCAGAUGAAAUGGAAAUUGCGGAAGCCAUUCAGCUAGGUAUGGAGGAGAUGCAUUCCAGUGAAUGCAGGCGUGAAUUUGCACAGCCUCCAGUUCCUGAUAACUCUCCAGAAUCAACAGAGAGCAAUACUCCAAAUAACACAAUCCAUUUAUCAGGGAAAAAGGGGAAAGGUAUGGGUGAUAAAAAAACAAGUGCCAGUCCAGAGGACAUUUCUGACACAGUGGCUGGUAUUUCCUUGGGACUUCCUGCUUCUUCAGGAGCAAUUGAACAACCAAAGCCAGCCAUUCAGACAAAAGGCAGACCCCAUGGUCAGUGCUUGAACUCUUCAAUCUCAUCCUGUCAUUCCCAGUCAGUAUUCCCAAUAUUGCCUUCUCCCACUACACCACUUCUACCAACAGGAGCGGAUAUUUCUAAACUUAGACCUCAGGGAUUUGUUCCCUGUAAAGUACCCUCUGCUUCUCCACAAAUGCAGCGAAAGCUUUCUCUUCAGAUUCAAAGAAACUGUGGUGAUCAUAAAGAACCAGAAAAACUUUCCCCAGUUUUCCCACAGGCCAGGCCUCUGCCAUUCAGUCAUAUACACCGGCCAAAGCCAUCUCGGCCUACUCCAUGUGACAUGACCAAACAGGGAGGAACCUCCAAAAAUAGCAUGACACUUAAUUUAAAUGAUAUAUCACAGUGUGAUAAAACUAGUAGUGCAGUUAUACCAAGUGAAGAAACAGUUUUCACCCCAGUAGAAGAGAAACGUAAUCAACUGGAUAUUAAUACGGAGCUCAAUUCCAGUAUGGAGGACUUACUUGAAUCAUCAAUGCCAACUAGUGAUGGAACAGUUACAUUCAAGUCCGAAGUGGCAGUUUUGUCUCCUGAACGUGCAGAAAAUGAUAACACAUACAAAGAUGAUGUAAAUCAUAAUCAAAAAUGCAAGGAAAAGAUGGAAGCUGAAGAAGAGGAAGCGUUAGCUAUUGCCAUGGCAAUGUCAGCAUCUCAGGAUGCACUUCCAAUAGUUCCUCAAUUACAGGUUCAAAAUGGGGAAGAUAUCAUAAUUAUCCAGCAGGAUACGCCAGAGACUUUGCCUGGCCAUACCAAAGCAAAGCACCAUUAUAGGGAAGAUAUUGAAUGGCUUAAAGGUCAACAAAUUGGUCUUGGUGCCUUUUCUUCAUGUUAUCAAGCUCAGGAUGUUGGAACUGGGACUUUAAUGGCAGUGAAGCAGGUGACAUAUGUAAGGAAUACAUCAUCUGAGCAGGAAGAGGUGGUAGAAGCCCUUAGGGAAGAGAUAAGGAUGAUGAGUCAUCUGAAUCAUCCCAAUAUUAUUCGAAUGCUGGGUGCUACAUGUGAGAAGAGCAACUACAAUCUCUUUAUAGAAUGGAUGGCAGGGGGAUCUGUUGCACAUUUGUUAAGUAAAUAUGGAGCUUUUAAAGAAUCUGUAGUUGCAAACUACACAGAACAGUUGCUCCGUGGCCUUGCUUACCUUCAUGAGAAUCAGAUCAUUCACAGAGAUGUCAAAGGUGCCAACUUGCUAAUUGACAGCACAGGUCACAGAUUAAGAAUUGCUGAUUUUGGAGCUGCAGCUAGGUUGGCAUCUAAAGGUACUGGUGCUGGAGAGUUUCAAGGACAGUUGUUGGGAACUAUUGCAUUUAUGGCACCUGAGGUGUUGAGGGGCCAACAGUACGGUAGAAGCUGUGAUGUAUGGAGUGUUGGUUGCGCUAUUAUAGAAAUGGCUUGUGCUAAACCCCCCUGGAACGCAGAGAAACAUUCCAAUCAUCUUGCUUUGAUAUUUAAGAUUGCCAGUGCAACUACAGCUCCAUCAAUCCCACCACAUCUGACUCCAGGCUUAAGGGAUGUGGCACUUCGAUGUUUGGAGCUUCAACCUCAGGACAGACCCCCAGCAAGGGAGUUGCUAAAACACCCUGUUUUCCGUACUACAUGGUAGUUACGUAAAAGUGGGGCUACACUGAACGUGAUGCUACUGAUUAUAGAACAGUGCUGGUCUUCCUGUGCAGUUCUGCACUGCAGCAUGCAUUAACUGCUCUCUGGCCUUAAUUAUAUGUUUUGAGGACUUGAGGUCAGUAGAGGACCUAUACUUAAGUAUGUGACCGACAAAUCGAGAUCUUUACCUAAGCUCAGUAUGCAACAUUUCACAAAUUGUGCAGAAAUAUGUAAACUGUGCCUUUCUCAAAGAUCUGGCUCUUGGUGAGAAGAAAAAUAAUUCCUCUUUUUAGAUCUGCAUGAUUAUUUAGUGGAAGAAGUGAUUUUUAAAAUUUUUAUUUUGGAGCACUUUUUCAGCAAUAUUAGCAGCUGAGGGGCUCAGGAGCCAUUUUAAAACUGCAAUCACUGUUCCGUUUCACACCAUGCAAACAUCAGAAGCUUGGGCUCUACUACCCAGUUUACUUUGUCAUCACUUGUCAUAGAGAAAGUUUAGUGUUUGUGCAUUGUAUUUUCACAAAGCUUGUUCAGUGGAAAAAGAAACCUUGGAUAGUUAUGAAACCAUGUUUUGCCUUCCUAAGAGUCACUGACCAUGGCAGUUACGGUUCACUGUGCAUUUACUUGCUAGUGUUGUAACUUUUCUAUAGAAAUUACAGUUCUGUGCUUUACAUUUUAUUGUUUCAUAUUCAGGGAAAAUUAUGUUUUAAAACAAACACAGAAUAGCUAGAACUAAGGUCAAACUCAAACUUGCUGAAAGGCUUGUUAUAAGAGACUGUGAUACAGAUUGUUUGAAAUCUGGAAUAAAAUUCUGCCUUUGAGUCGGUGACAAGAUAUGUUGGAAGGGAAAAUGCACAAUUGUUUGAAUAACAGACCUUGCCACCAAUGGUCAAAUAAACCGUUAGGUUUGGAGCCAUUUGUGUUAAAACUCUCAUUGUAAAACUGUGUAGAAAGUGUAAUGUGUCAUGCCUGCUGCCACCCAGCUUCCAUUCUAGUCAGCUUGUGAUGGGAGCCAAAGCUUUACAUCCAGUCUCGCUCUCAAUUUAGCACUGUAUUCACGUUCCCCAUUGUUCCUUUGCCUGCUGUUUUCCUUCUGCCGUACAUCAUCUGUUUACAAUUACAAUUGAUAAUUAUGUAAUUGGUUGAUAUUUUAAAAAGGGAAAGAGAACCACUUCAUCUCUUUUUUUAAAAAAAAAUGUACAGAAAAAUGAGCUUGGACUUGAAAAAAACAGCCCUUAAACAUAAUGUGAAGGAAUGCUUCACCAAGAGUGCAAAACUACUUUUUAGCAAAUAUUUAAUUGUAUCAUGGUUUUAAGGGCAGGCUUUUAGAUACUGAUGAAUGGAGUAUUGAAGGAAAAUGGCAGCUGUUCUUUUGCUUUUUGGCAAAUCUUUUUGAAAUAAGUACUGAUUGUGUUUAAUCAACUUUUGUUAAAUAACUGUUCCAAGUUUUAACUCUUCAGAAGCCAGUUGAAUUAUUAACCGGAAAUUGGUUAUACUCAAAGACUCAGGACAAACUAAAUAAGCUAUAAUGCUGUACAUUUUUAAUGGUGUACAACUCACAAAUUGGAAGCAAAACAAGUGAGAGGUUUACAGCAAUGAUCAUGCUAGAAUUAAAUAAAAGCAAUGUCAUUAAAUGUGGAUGUGUAUUUCUUCUUGAAAUGUUACAUUCCUUUGCUUUUUAAAGAUUGGCAGACUUUGAAGAGUUAAAUCGAAAUGUGAAGUUUGGUAGUUCUGUUUUUGUAUUUGACUUCUAUUUCUUGACAUUUAGAAUUUUUCAUUAUUCUAAUCAGAUUGUUUCCAAGUUUCUUGUGUGCAAGCUUUAAAGGAUGCACUCUUGCCAAUCCAUGUACUGGAAGAUCUGUUGUCAGAUUAAUGCCAUUUCUGACAAAAAUGUCAAUUGUAUAAACUGAUGAACCUCAGCUAAUCAGUAUUACCUUUUAGAUCACCAUGUCUACCGCUUAUCAAACUCGGACUGUUUCUAGAUGUCUAAAAGCAGUGAUUGAGUUUGUUUGCAUUUCCCUCAGCUUGCUGGUAAUUGUGGUGUUUUUUAAAAUGCAGAUGUAAUGUAAUCUUAUUUUCGUUGGAUCAAAGCUGGACUGAAAAUUGUAUUGUGUAAUUAUUUUUGUGUUCUUAAUGUUAUUUGGUACCUAAGUUGUAAAUAACAUCUACUGCUGUUUAUUCCAGUUUCUACUACCUCAGGUGCCCUAUAGGUUUUCUUCUACCAAAGUUCACUUUCACAUUGAAAUUAUAUUUGCUAUGUGACUGAUUCCUAAGACUUCCGGGGCUUAAGGGCUAACUUCUAUUAGCACCUUACUGUGCAAGUAAAUUUUAAAGAUCUCUGGGUUAAGAAAAUUUGGCUUCAUUAUAUCCUUUGUUAUUUUAAAUAUAUCAAGAUAUUUUAAUUAAAAGUUUUUACCCCUUUGAACCAAUUUUAUAGUAUAAUUUGUACCUAUUUUGGUGGUUUUGUCUUUAUAGUAAAUAAAAGAUUUUGGAAAAAA